ACAUGAAUGCAAUAAGUCUCAAAGCAAGAAGAGAAUUUGAGUUUGACAUUGAGAUUGAGAUUGAGAAGGAAGAACCAGAUGAACGCCUGGGUUCGUAUUCUGCUUCUUGUAGCAUGCUUUUUCCCGGCUAUGGUGGAAUGCAGGGUUCGCAACUACAAGUUCAAUGUAGUGAUGAAAAACUCCACUAAAUUAUGCUCGACCAAGCCCAUUGUCACUGUUAAUGGGAGGUUCCCAGGACCCACUCUCUAUGCGAGGGAAGAUGAUACCGUGCUCGUCAAGGUCGUCAACCAUGUCAAAUAUAAUGUUUCAAUCCACUGGCAUGGUAUCCGGCAACUCAGAACCGGCUGGGCUGAUGGACCAGCAUAUAUCACACAGUGUCCAAUUCAGCCAGGCCAAACCUACAUUUACAAUUUCACAAUUACAGGCCAACGGGGCACCCUUUUGUGGCAUGCACAUAUUCUCUGGCUAAGGUCCACUGUCCAUGGUGCCAUUGUUGUCUUGCCUAAGCGUGGAGUUCCUUAUCCCUUCCCACAACCACAAAAAGAAGAGGUAAUUGUACUUGCUGAGUGGUGGAAAUCGGACACUGAAGCCGUUAUAAAUCAAGCUCUCAAAUCCGGAUUGGCCCCAAAUGUCUCAGAUGCCCACACAAUUAACGGCCAGCCAGGGCCCGUAUCUAGUUGUUCUUCACAGCGGGGCUAUAUACUACCUGUGGAAAAUGGCAAAACCUACCUGCUUCGUUUGAUCAAUGCUGCACUCAAUGAAGAGCUUUUCUUCAAAAUAGCAGGACACAAACUCACCGUUGUGGAAGUUGAUGCCACCUACGUUAAACCAUUCAAAACUGACACUGUUGUGAUUGCCCCUGGCCAAACCACUAAUGUCCUGGUUACCGCUGACCAAAAUGCUGGAAAGUACCUGGUUGCAGCAUCUCCUUUCAUGGAUGCUCCAGUUGCAGUCGACAAUGACACUGCAACCGCCACAUUGCACUACUCGGGCACACUUUCUAGUGCACCCACAAUCAUCUCCAAGCCUCCUCCACAAAAUGCCACCGCAGUUGCCAACAACUUUAUUGAUUCUCUUCGUAGCCUUAAUUCCAGAAAGUACCCAGCCAAAGUCCCACAAACCGUUGACCACAGCCUUUUCUUUACAGUUGGACUCGGAGUCAACCCUUGUCCUUCUUGCAAAGCAGCAAACGGUAGCCGAGUGGUGGCUUCUAUCAAUAAUGUCACGUUUGUUAUGCCAACAACUGCCUUACUUCAAGCACAUUUUAACAUAAGUGGAGUUUUCACAACUGACUUUCCUGGUAACCCACCAAACGUUUUCAACUACACAGGAGGCCCACCUGCAAAUUUGCAAACCAGCAGCGGAACUAAGGUAUACAGGCUGGCUUACAACUCUACAGUUCAACUUGUUUUGCAAGAUACAGGAAUCAUAGCCCCUGAGAACCAUCCAAUCCAUUUGCAUGGAUUCAAUUUCUUCGCGGUUGGUAAGGGACUAGGGAACUUUAAUCCAAAGAAACACCCUAAGAAGUUUAAUCUUGUUGAUCCUGUUGAAAGGAACACAAUUGGGGUACCAUCUGGUGGAUGGGUUGCUCUAAGGUUCCGGGCAGAUAAUCCAGGAGUCUGGUUCAUGCAUUGUCACUUGGAAGUGCAUACAACAUGGGGACUGAAGAUGGCGUUCUUGGUUGACAACGGCAAAGGCCCAAAUGAGUCACUUCUACCACCUCCAAGCGAUCUUCCGAAAUGUUAAAGCUCUCAACUGAAGUAUUCUAUGCAUAAUUAUCCAGUGUAGAGAAAAUAUAAAUCUCCUCAUUCAAACAGGUUGCAGGGAGGAUUAUGCAGUAUAAAGGAGAAGACUGGAAGAGAGAGUUAUUAACAAAGCAAUAUACGGAUCUGCUAUUAUUUCUUGAGUAAAUUUAAAUUUUUACAAAAACUCUGUUAAAGAAAAUUACACUCAAUUUUCACAACUUAAUUGUAUAGGGAACCUAGCCAUUUCACUUGUCGAAUAAAAAUUGAUAUACUGUUGUGAUUCUUUCGGACAGAUUGAAUAAAAAACUUGUUCAUGAUAUGUUUCUAAUUUU